AUGUUGCUCCGACUUCGCGGCCCGGAUGGCAUGAUCCGGCUGACGGUCGAGCAGACGACGACAUUUGGCGAGCUAGGAGAGCAACUGUUGCCACAGCUUCCGAGCACGAUUGACCCCAAGACCAUCACGCUAUCGAAUGCACCAAAUGGAGGCGACGCCAAGGUUCUGGCUGAGAUAAUCAAGUUUAAGGUCGGGCAGAUUGGACUAAAGCAUGGCGAUUUGAUCUUCAUCAACUACAAACAUGGAAACGCAACAAAUGGAGCUACCAACGGUGACGACUCGACCAAAGCUACAUCAGUGAGACUGAACGGCAAGCCCGUCUUACCCACCGAAGAUAUGCCCAUUAAUCCACGACCAGAGAGAAUAUCUAAACCUUGGGAAGUGAUUAAACAAUCUGCACUCGAUGACCGACUAGAUAAAUUGGACGGAAAGAUACCCAGAAGUCGGGACAAGAUGUGUCGACACGGACCUAAAGGCAUGUGCGACUAUUGUCAGCCCUUGGAUCCGUUUGAUCCCGCAUACCUUGCCGAAAAGAAGAUCAAGUACCAGUCCUUUCACUCACAUCUAAGGAAGAUUAAUGCGUCAACGAAUAAACCGGAGCUGGGAAGCUCGUAUAUACCUCCGCUCGUGGAACCGUUUUACCGAGUGAGACGGGAUUGUCCUACUGGCCAUCCUCCCUGGCCUGAAGGCGUCUGCACAAAGUGUCAGCCGAGCGCCAUUACCUUGAAUCCGCAGCAAUUUCGCAUGGUCGACCAUGUGGAAUUUGCAUCGCCAUCCAUUAUCGACUCCUUCAUUGACGCAUGGCGCAAGACUGGCUCCCAGAGACUUGGAUUUCUCUACGGCCGGUACACAGAAUACGCCGAAGUUCCGCUUGGUGUUAAAGCCAUCGUUGAGGCCAUCUACGAACCGCCCCAGGUCGACGAGCUCGAUGGUGUAACACUCAACGCUUGGGAGAAUCAAAAAGACGUCGAACACGUGGCCAAGCUCUGUGGAUUGGAGCCUGUGGGUGUCAUUUGGACAGACUUGCUGGAUGCUGGUCAAGGCGAUGGCUCAGUGGUCUGCAAGCGGCAUGCUGAUUCAUAUUUUUUGUCCUCUCUGGAAAUUUGCUUCUCAUCAAGAUUACAAGCGCAGUACCCGAAGCCGUCAAAAUGGAGCGAUACUGGCAGAUACGGCUCCAACUUUGUAACCUGCAUCAUUACAGGAAAUGAGCAAGGCGAGAUUGGUAUCUCGUCAUAUCAAAUGUCGAAUGAGGCUGUGGAGAUGGUGCGAGCAGACAUCGUGGAACCCUCAGCCGACCCAACGGUUAUGCUGGUCAGAGAUGAGGAAGAAGACGAUGGAUCUGUCAGUCGAACACGAUAUAUUCCCGAGGUGUUUUACCGCAAGAUGAACGAAUAUGGCGCCAACGUUCAGGAGAACGCCAAACCUGCAUUUCCAGUCGAAUACCUUUUCGUCACACUUACCCACGGCUUCCCCGCAGAUCCCAAACCAACAUUUACUCAAACAGGAUUCCCUAUUGAGAAUCGCGAGUACAUUGGGGAGUCCCAAGAGCAUUCUGCCCUCGCCAAGGCGCUCAAGUCAUCCCCUGGUCAAAAGUCAAGUGACAACGGCCAAGAGGUCUCCAACUUUCAUCUACUCUGCUUCCUCCAUCAGAUGGGCAUUCUUUCCAAGGACGAGGAAGCACUGCUAUGUCGAGUCGCGAGUCAACACGACCUCGCCGACUCGUUCCAGCUUCGUUCAACAGAAGGUUGGCAGACCCUCCAGGCCAUCCUGCAAUCGACCGGUGAGCGACUCCCCAAGCGUCGGCGAGAUGGCGAUGACGCCACCGCUACAGACUCCUCUGCGUAUGAUUUUUCAACGCGUAAUGUUGGUGCGCGUGACUCAGGUGAGCCACUUACUAAACGCUUUGCUGCCUUCAGGCUGAACGAACGCCGGACGCCGAACCGAGAUGCUUGA